GCCCCAGAUUGCAAAGUGAGGAAUUGGGAAUAAAUGUGAACAAUUCGGGUAUAAACAACAGUAGUCUUCCUUAUCCCGCAGCAUAUUUAAAUAGUGAUUGUCCAGGCGAGGAAGUGGAGAGAAAUACGAACGAGUCGCAUGCUGCUGUGUGGUCUGCGAAUGCUCCACUGGAACACAAACCUGGUCACAGAGAACAGGAACAAAUUUUUGACGUGUUGUGCGUCGAUUGACGGUGAUUCAACAUACAAUGUGCAUAAUGUAAGCACAAGGAGUUGUGGUGUGAUGACGUCGGCGGUUCGAGUUUGCUCCAGACAUGUUCAGACCAACAUCCAGUACAGUGAAGAGAGAGAUACAGCUGUUCAAGCUUGCCCAACUUGUGAGGACAAAAGCCAAAGACUGGUGGAUGCAGAGAUUUUGGUUGUGCACCUAAGAUCUCAGAUCUGUCUUAUGGAAUUACAUCGACAGCUACAUGAACUGACUUACUCUCAACUACAGUGGACUCGGUUCUUCGUUCCAGUGAAUCAAGAAGAAAGCAUUACACAUCUAAUACGUUCUCAGAUUCAGUGUAUAGAAGAUGAAAUAAAAAGGGUCAUGGAGCAUCAGGAGGCGUGUGUGAAAGCUCUGCUGGGUGGUUUACACUUGGAAUCCUUACCAGCAUUAGCUAUUGAGAUCCCAUCCUAUGCUAGCUAUUUGUCGGUCAAACCACACAAGGGUACUAAAACGUUAAACAACUCAUCACACAAGUCAUUCCAAACAACUGUACCAUCGUCAACAUCUAAUCAGUAUAGCUGGGCAAAAUGGCCACCACUAGAACUGACAAAAGAUAAAGAUUUAGGGAAAUAUUCCAUUCAUUUUGAAGAAACCAACAAAACAGAUUAUAAUGUAAAACAAACUUCCUCAACUUGUCCCAAUUUAAAACUUGGAAAAAGAACACACUCUUUAGAGGAAAGUUCCGAAUCGUCUGUUGAAAAUGAAUCGAUGUUUGGUAAUAAACAGCCAUCCAGUAGUGCACAACAGUCAACUUCCAGUCAUAGUAAUGCAAGUGGUUGUUCAGAGAAGGUAGAAAAGCCCAGCUCAACUUUGAACACAUCGUCCAAGCGAAAUGUGGCACCAAAGACUAAAAGGAUGAGAGAUGGUGAAAUGGCGAACGUUGAGAAACUGUCUGACACGUACAUAGAUUUGGGCAGUGUUCUUGGAGCCCAGUGGUAUCAGACUCUAGAAGAACAGUGUAAAAGUGACAACUCCCUUUCCUUGCCUGAGAAUGGUACUGUAGAUCAGCAUUCGGAGGAUGAGGAAGAGGAAUUGGUCUCUUCUUUGCAGUCGACAGCAUCAGCAGAACAUGUUAAAUCAAAGAAGGAACAUUAUGAUAGUCCUGUUGAAAAGAACUUGACUGGUUUGAGUCCUGCUUCAACCGUGUUAGAUUCUGUCCUAAAGGAUGAGAAAGAGGAAUUGGUCUCUAAUUUGCAGUCGACGGCAUCAGCAGAACAUGUUAAAUCAAAGAAGGAACAUUAUGAUAGUCCUGUUGAAGAGAACUUGACCACUGGUUUGAGUCCUGCUUCAACCGUGUUAGAUUCUGUCCUAAAGGAUGAGGAAGAGGAAUUGGUCUCUAAUUUGCAGUUGACGGCAUCAGCAGACCAUGUUAAAUCAAAGAAGAAACAUUAUGAUAGUCCUGUUGAAGAGAACUUGACCACUGGUUUGAGUCCUGCUUCAACUGUGUUAGAUUCUGUUCUAAAGGAUGAGAAAGAGGAAUUGGUCUCCGAUUUGCAGUCGAUUGUAUCAGCAGAACAUCUUGAGUCGAAGAAGAAAGAUGAUGAUAGUCCUGUUGAAAAGAACUCAGAUUUGAGUAAGGCUUCAACUCUGUCAGGUUCUGUUAACCACAUGGAUGAUAUAGAUGAACAUGGCACAAAACAAGCUGAUGUAAGGGUGAUAUCAUUUUCGGAAUCAGUUGGAAAUCCAGAAGAUGCUGGCAGAUUGGAAGCAGUAGAUGAUUUAUCUGGCAAAAUGGAAAGUGCUGAAGAACAGCACGAUCCACAGAAUGUUGUUAAUGUUGAUGACGACAGAUCUUCAUCCGGUGUUCCUGUUUCCAAGACAACAGAGCACCUCAAAGUGAAGAACACAGAUGAAAUAUACUAUGAAAAUAUGUUAAUUCAAAAACCAUCGGACUGGUACUUGCAUACCAGACCCAUCAACUCCGAAGAAUCAGCUUACAGAUCAGGCUUGGCCACAGGAGAUGAUUCUGGGUGUUUGAGACUGAUUGAAGAUGAAACUGAUAACAGUCAGGCUGAUGUCGAUAUACCACCAGGAUUGACCAUCACGGAUAAUUAUGUCUGUGCAACAGAGGAUGACAAUUUUCCCGACAUCGACUUGGAUCAGCUGGUUAGACAAGCUAAGAAUUUACUCCACAUAUACACUGCAGAUGAAAAAGGAGCAAAUUCAUCAAACGAUGUGAACGCAAGUGGAAAAAUCACCACCAAUAAGGUGUGUUCCAGAGAUGAUACGUUUAGUGGAAGGGACACUAAGUUUUCCAGUGGGUUGACAAAAGACGAAUUGACACAGCUUCCGAACGCUUCUCAAACCCAUCCCGAAAUCACACCUGCAGUGGCCAUUCAUUCUACUACAGAACCUGUUCCUGCAUCUAUUGCGAAUGAUACUUCUGUGAGUGAUAAUUAUUCUGGUCAGUUACACGAAACAGCACCUGCAUCUGCUUGUUCCGGUCAGUUAAGUGAAGCUAAACCUGCAGUUCCCUCCUCAUCAAUACCUCCUUCUAGUGGACUCCAUCCUGUACUGUCGACAGUAUUUACGUCUUCGUCUGUAGGAAAUGAUCCUUUGACAUCUGUUGAAAUGCCUUGUCCAUCUGUGGGAAUAACAGAACAUUCUCAAGGUACUGCUUUUUGUCCAUCAGCUGGAAUACCAAAAUCUGAUCAUCAUAUGUCUGCAGAACUGUCAAAUUCUCAAGCUGUUGUCCAUGAUGAUCCAUCUGUAGCAGUUCCAGUAAAUUCUCAAACCAAUGUCUUUGAUCCACAAUUUGCAGACAAGUCAUCAGAUUCUCAAACUAAUAUCUUUGGCACAUCAGCAGAGACAUCAUCAUCAUCAUCAUAUUCUGAAAUUAGUGCCUCUAAUCCAAUUUCAGCUGGAAUGCCAGAAAGUUCUCAAGCCCCUGUUGUUGACCCAGUACUGUUCCAAGCUGUGUUGGUCCAACUGACACAAGCCUAUCCUCAAAUGGCUGCCAAUCCUCAGCUGUUACAAGCCAUCUGCUUACAACAAACUAUGGUGCUUCAGUCAUACAUACAAAACAAUCAGACUGCAGUGGAUCGUGGAAGUACGCCAGUCACAGAGUUACCAAUAUCUGCCUCAGAUGGAAUGCUACAAGGAACUGCUGCUAGUAAAACGUCUGAUAAAACAGUUGAUGCCAGUCAAGAAAUUGAUAAUAAGGGAGAUGACAUACCUUCAUCUACUGGUGGUGGUAAAACAGAAGCAACUACGGUAUCAGAAAUGAAUUUGAAAAACGGUCCUGCCAAUCUGCAGUAUGAUACAUAUAAUACAGAUCAAAGCGAUGGGAAUUCAGUAGCAAAGAGCAAAAGUUCAGCUGUCUCAGGAAAUUCAGUAAUGGGAAAAUAUAAAAGUGAAACCAUGAAAAAAUCUGUCACGGAUUCACACUUUACAAAGCCCAACAAAGUAAUCAAGGAAGCAACUGCAGAUGAAGAUCUAGUUUUAACUUAUGAUCCAUCUGUAGUUUCUAGUGAAUGCUGUACACAAAAUUUGAGUGCAGAAGAGAUUUUUCCUUCAAGCGAAGAAAGGAAGAACACACAUACCUCACGUAGUCCAACACAAGUUUUUGAUUCAUGUUUUAAAUCUGUCAGUCCCUUGCGGAAACCUGACAGUGCAACAGAAAAUCUCGGAAGCAGCCUGUCUGUUGAAACGAUAUCUUCAGACCUGGCUCCGAAAUGGUUUGACAGUAUUCAGCCUUUACGGCGUCCUGGUAGUGCCAUGGAGCAGCCAAAGCAGUCGCAAGCCAUGAAGGAUGAGCUUCCCGAAUCUCUUAAACCCUACGUCCUUCCCAAGAGAAAACGAUCGGGGCAGGAAGCGAGUCAGCCCUCCAGCAAGCCUUCCUUCUCAGCAGUGCUGAACGCCGGUGACACAGCAGUUCAUAAAGGUGCAGCAGCAUCAACGGCCAGUUCUUCGAGUAGGAAAUUCACGAAGCUGGUUAAAACUGGUCCGAAAGAAAAUACUUCGGUGUCAUCAACUUCUAAAAUUGGAUGGAAUGGCCAAACUGUGGUGUGGGAUUCUGGUUCAGCAAAGACGACGAUGACGACGACUGGUGAAGAAAACUGGAAUGAAGAGUGCGACCAGUAUCCAUCAGAGUUCAAGUGCGUCUUCAAUCCAAAGCGACCGGUGGAUCUGUCCAAGUCGUCGUGUCCCAAGCCUCUGAAACCUCUGCCAGUGUUUUCAAAGAAGAAACCAAUGACAAAGGUGAAUUCGUCCAGUGAAUGUGUCGACUUCUCCUCAGACAGCGGAAUGGUGUCCUCAGAUAGUGAUCCGUUCACAGCAAGGGAAAGUUGUAUAAAAACUAACAAAAACUUUCUUUCCAGAUUAUUGGAAGCGAAUAAUAAGUCUAAUGGGAAUCAGCAGAAAAGACAAAAGGUUCAGUGCAAGGAAGUUACAACAAAAAGUGAACUGAAGGGUUGUACAGAAAUGAUUGUUGACAUAGAGUCUGAAGUAGAUGUUAAAGAGGAGAACUGGCAGAAGGUAAUUGCUGUCGGUAAGAAGAAAAAACGUGACAAUAAAGAACCACCAAAAGUGAUCCAGCCAAUUCAACUUGCAAGACAAGAGGCGAAGAAGAGUAAUUAUGAAAAACUGGUUUUGUUGUUGCAGUCCAAAUUCCCACAGCUCAGCAGGACUGACGCCAUUGACGUGAUUCUCAAGAUACGCAACGAGCGCGGGGUCCUGUCCGGUUUAACGGUGAAUACGAUUGUAGAGAUGACCACGAGAAUCAUCUCCACCAAAGAGUUUGUCAGACCAGCAAGAACGCCCACCAUCAACACAAUGCUCAAACAGUACUCUAAAGUGGUGGUGAAGAGUGCGGACGAGGAAGGGGAUGUUUGUCCGAUCUGCUGUGAUGAGCUGGUCACCAGUGAGGUGAACAAACUGGACUGUGGACACGAGUUCCACCUCACAUGUAUCAGAAAGUGGCUGCUAGGACAUGAGCGGACGUGCCCGACGUGUAGAAGGAUUGCUCUCCUCCCAGAAGAAUUUCCACGACUCAGCAAAUAGAUGGUGCUGAUGACAGGAAAUAAAACACACUCGUAAAAUGUGGAUUUUUUCGGAUUUGACAGACAAAAUGUUGGAUUUUUGGGGUUCUUUUUCGUUUUGAUUUUUUAAAGUUUGAAAAAGUGGAAAAAUUGCUUUAGCCAAAACGAUUUAAGUGUUUAUGUGAAACAUUAAGAUGAAGUGCCUGCUAACUGAUGAAACCUGUUUGAUUAUUUUGUCUAUCCUGUUGUAUUUUUGUUUCAUUCGAAUAUUUCUGACCUAGUCUCCGUUUCUCCUGUAGAUAUACAGGAUACAGGUCUUUUUUCUUAUUUGUAUCAUCUAUCUGCCCAUGGAUCUAUUCAAUCCUAUCCAUCCACUCAUCCAUCCACUCAUACAUCGAUCCAUUCAUCCACUCAUUCAUCCAUCUAUCCAUUCAUCUAUCCAUCCAUCCCUACUUCCAAUCCAUAUAUUCAUCUAUCCAUCCAC